AUGGCCGCCACCCAGAUCGCAACCGUCAAAGCAGACGGCGUGGACAUCUUCUACCGCACCGCCGGCCCAGCCGACGCGCCCACGGUAGUGCUCCUGCACGGCUUCCCGUCGUCGUCGCACAUGUUCCGCAACCUGAUCCCGCUCCUAGCAACACGGUACCGGGUCGUCGCCCCCGACCUCCCAGGCUUCGGCUUCACCACGGUACCGGCCGCGCGCAACUACAGCUACACCUUCGCCAGCCUCGCACAAACCUUCACAGCCUUCACCCACGCGCUCUCCCUCACCCGCUUCGCCGUCUACAUCUUCGACUACGGCGCGCCGACGGGCUUCCGCUUCGCGCUGGAGCGCCCCAGCGCGGUGGCAGCGAUCGUGUCACAGAACGGAAACGCCUACGACGAGGGGCUGGGCCAGCCGUUCUGGGCGCCGCUGCAGAAGCUGUGGGCGAGCGGGGCGCGCGAGGACCGCGAGGCGCUGCGGCCGCUGCUGGAGCUCGGGCCCACGCAGUGGCAGUACCAGAACGGCUCGCCGCACCCGGAGGCCAUCGCGCCCGAGGCGUACUACCUCGACCAGGCGCUGAUGGAUCGGCCGGGGAAUAAGGAGAUUCAGCUAGACUUGUUCCAGGAUUAUGGCUCGAAUGUGAAGCUGUACCCGCAGUUUCAGGAGUAUUUGCGGACGUCGGGGGUCCCUGUCCUGGCCGCGUGGGGGAAGGCCGAUACGAUCUUUGUUGCCCCCGGCGCCGAGGCGUUCAAGAAGGAUGUCAAGAAGCUCGAGACGCGCUGGUUGGAUGCUGGCCAUUUCGCUCUAGAGACCAAUGAGCAGCAGGUGGCGGAGUGGAUGUUUGAAUUCUUUGAUAAGUACGGGGUGUUUUCUGCUUGA